UCACAUUCAUAACCACAAGCAGAUAAAAACAGAUCAAAGAGAGAGAGAGAAAUGGAGAAUCGUUCUUACGAACCUGAGAAAACCGCCAAAGACGUCUCACUGCAGGAACUCAGAGACAUGCUCGAAGAGUUCGCUCGAGUACGAGGAUGGGAACAAUACCACAGCCCUAGAAACCUGCUCCUAGCACUUGUUGGUGAGGUCGGAGAGCUAUCGGAGAUAUUCCAGUGGAAGGGAGAGGUGGAGAGGGGGCUGCCAAACUGGAGCGCGGCGGAGAGAGAGCAUUUGGAAGAAGAGGUGUCUGAUGUGUUACUCUAUUUGGUGCGUCUCGCCGAUGUGUGUGGCCUUGAUUUGGGCCAUGCCGCUCUCUCAAAGCUCGUCAAAAAUGCCAACAAGUACCCUGUCGCCGCUUUCGCGCGCGCGCUGCCAUGAACUUCGCUCCCUUCUCUUUCGUCCCUUCGCUGCUUUUCUGUUUCUGUACUCGUUUCUGCUUCAUAUUGAUAUGCACGGAGAUCUGUCUCAGUUUACUCAUA